AAUAUGCUAGUGUUUUUUUUUACAUAACCUAUAAUCUAACCUUACCAAACCAGGUUUUUGGGGUUCCAAGAAGUUAAUAGAGCUUUUGGCGAGAUAUUUACGAAGAGAAACGUUUAUUUACUUUAAAUAUCGUGAAACCAAAAUGGGCAUCAAGUUUUCAAAACCAGUCAUCAUUUUGAGUGCUAUUGGAACAUUAGUUGGUGGUCCUAUUAUAAUAAAGUAUUUAUUGAUCGAGUGUUUUGAUUUUAUUAACAUUAUAAUGUAUCAUUAAUUUUAGGUAAUUUUCUUUAGUCGCGACUUAUUGGAGGAAAAAGGAAAAUUGAUAAAAUAAUUUUAUGGCCGGCCUCCGGCGGCAGAAUAUUUAAUUUAUUUAUUUUAACUCGGCAUUGAAACCUUAACAUUCGACUUCUUAAAAACUUAGUGCGACAACGAGGGUGGCUCGCACCUCACUUAAAUUGAUUCAUCCAUAGAGCUUUUUACCAGUUUAAUGUAAUCGUGUAUGAGGUCAUGUAGUAUUUUUCAAGGGAAAUGAAAACAUGUUUGAGAAUCCGUAUUACUCUCUGGCCACAUGCCGACCAAUUGCAGGUAACAGACAUUUAGGACGCCAUAAGAGCCAACCGUAACAUACUAAGCUGAUAGUGUGUCCGAUGCUGAGAGCAGGUCAGGUUGAUUAAGGAGGGUCCAAAACUGCUUCCACACAGGCUAUGUUACGUCCUGAGAUGAGCAUGUUUGAGAAUCCAUGUUACUCUCAGGCAACAUGCCGACCAAUUGCAGGUAACAGACAUUUAGGACGCCAUAAGAGCCAACCGUAACAUACUAUGCUAAUAGUGUGUCCGAUGCUGAAAGCAGGUCAGGUUGAUUAAAGAGGGUCCAAAACUGCUUCCACACAGGCUAUGUUACGUCCUGAGAGGAGCAUGUUUGAGAAUCCAUGUUACUCAGGCAACAUGCCGACCAAUUGCAGGGAUUAUUCUGGAGGUAAAUCCUUCUCGAGUGAUGUCCGAGCUGAUGGCAAGGUGGUCGUUGUCACCGGUGCCAACACAGGCAUCGGUAAAGAAACUGUACGUGAACUGGCAAAGAGAGGUGCACAUGUGGUCAUGGCGUGCAGGGAUCUCGCAAAGUGUGAAAAGGCAAGAGAAGAAAUUGUUUUUGAGACAUUAAACAAGUAUGUUUACUGCAGACAUUGUGACCUGGCAUCACAGAAGUCCAUAAGGACAUUUGUUAAACAGUUUGAGAAAGAACAUGACAAGUUGAACAUCUUGAUCAACAACGCGGGUGUGAUGUGGUGUCCCCAGUCGAAAACUGAAGACGGCAUCGAAAUGCAGCUCGGGGUGAACCACAUGGGGCACUUUCUGCUGACGAAUUUGCUGCUGGACAGACUCAAGGCGGGAGCGCCGAGUAGGAUUGUGAACGUGUCGAGCAUCGCUCACGAACGAGGCAGCAUCAACGUGGAAGACCUCAACAGCGAGAAGGAGUACAGCAAGCAGAAGGCGUAUAGCCAGAGCAAGCUCGCCAAUGUUUUGUUCACCAGAGAGUUGGCCAAGAGGCUUCAAGGCAGUGGCAUAACAGUGACUGCAGUUCACCCUGGUAUCGUGGACACAGAGCUGAUACGCCACAUGGGCUUCUUCAACAGCACAUUUUCGUCGAUCUUUCUGAGGCCUUUGAUGUGGAUGUUCAUCAAAAGUCCUAAGCAAGGAGCACAGACAUCUCUUUAUGCGGCAUUAGAUGAGAGCCUUCAAAAAGUGUCUGGGAAAUAUUUUAGUGACUGCGCGGAGAAGGAGCCUGCCCCUCAAGCUACAGACGACAGCAUGGCACAGUGGCUGUGGAAGGUCAGUGAGAAGUGGACACGUCUCGGUGCCGGCUCGUGAAAUGUUUGUUGCCGCACUGGAAGAGACAGUUUAGUGAUUAUUUGUUUCGUCGGAUUCUGAUAAAAACAACUUUGAUUGUCAAAGAAACAUCUUAAAGGAUUGUUUAUUUGCAAUACUUUCAAUAAAUAAUUAAAUUAAUGAUACAAA